UUUUCUUUCUUGACUGUGGACUAAUAUUUAGCCUGCUUAGACUAGAUCUGCUGAUAAGCAUAAAUAUUUAUUGCUGCACCCUUUAAAAAAUUGCUUGUAGUACUGGUAAGAACUUAACAAUAGUAACUAUCAGCCUUUUCUAACCUACACAUUUCUGUUUUUCACCCCUUCCCUUCCUCUUUCCAAUCAACAGGAACUGUAAUGAUACUCGUUAGGAUUACAAGGGUCAAAAUCUGAUUUCUGAAAGGAGAACGAUUGACACUUUUAUUGGGAAUUUGAUGGUUGAAGGCUUAAAGCCAAAAACCGAUUUCUUUGAUAGAAUUGAUAUGGUUGUUUGUCCAUAAAAAAUAUUAAAUUAGAGACAGGUAUCUCCAGCAUAUAGAUUCUAUGUUUCUCAACGAAUCUAACUAUGUAUUCCAACUAUCAAUCAUGUUUCCAACUUCUUUUGAAUCAAGAAAUACUUGUCUAGGCUCCAUUUACAAUCAAAGUCUUAUGAAAUUUAGUAGGAAUGAUUGCUUUUGUUGCACUUCUUGGAAGUUGAUAGAGUCCAAAUUAAGUAAAGUAAACAGAAAAAUGCACACAAACAAACACUAGAGAAAGAAUAGAAAAGGAAAGAACAAAAGAACAUGGAUAGGGACGUGGAAUGGUCGCUUAUACUAUAAGACUGGCAAGUGAAACACGGACCCUGCUGUAGACCACUUUGGCUAAACAUAGUAGUUCCACCUACUUGGGCUGAUUUCAUGUUCCAAACCAUGCAACUGUUGGGGUCAUUAGUUGCCCAAUUGGACCACAUAUACCCUCAAAACAAAUGUACAUAAUCAUAUGUUUGCAUUGUGAAAAGAUGAUAUAGUUGAUAGUCGGAAAAUUACAACAAUAACAUUGCCCCAUUAUCAGUUAGGUAUUCACAAAUAUAUCUUUUUCAGUCUCUACCAAACCUACUCAAAUGUAUUUUUGACUUGUUAUACGUAUCAUUAUUCUAACUUGAUAACAAAGCCAAGCACCAGCAACUAGCUAUACCCCCCAAUCCAUGCAUUAUAACAAACCAAUUCCACCUCCAUCGUCUUUUGCAAAUAUUUCUCUCAACUACUAUAUGUUCUAGUGUCAUUUUUUUUUAUACUUGUGAAUCUUUGCCCUUUUAAUAUCUAUUUCUGGUGUUGUGGGUAUUGAUGAAGAAAUGAUCAGAGAUAGAAUGGAAAGACUUGUUCUCCUUCCUUUCUCUAUUGGUUGUGUCUCUGAAUCAAGUGUGGCUUUGGGCACUACUACUGAUGAUCAAAACAACAGGCCUAGAACUAAGACACACACAAUCAACUCAUUAUCAAGGACGAAAGAAGACGAGGAGGAAAGAUCAUCCAGUGAUCAAAGUAUGAAGAAUUCAACGAGGUUUCUCCAGUCUCUUCCAAAGCCUCACAUUUCCACUGGAUUUCACAGGCUUUUCAAGACCUUUUCUCACUUGUUUGUAUACAAGGAAGGCAUGGAAGAUGAUGAUCUAGAGAUGGCGAUGGAAAUAGGGGGUCCAACAGAUGUGAAGCAUGUGACACACAUUGGGUGGGACGAUCUCAUUGGCCCUGAAUUGCUCUCUCCUCCUUCCCCUCCUCCUCCUCCUCCUCCUCCUUUGAAGCAAUUUGAGCUUUCAAUGGCUGCUCAAGCUCAUCAUCAUGCAUCUGAUCUUGAUAAGGGUUUAUCCAAGCUAAGCUCAAGAGAUGAAAGUGGAUAUUGAUAUUAUUGGGUAAUGAUAGAUCUUGGUGGAUUUUUGAUGGGUUUGUAUGUAUUAAAAUGUCUAUAUACAUAUAUAACACAGGCAUACCGCUAAGAAAAAAGAAGAAGAAGUUGUUCCA